UUUAAUUCAAAAGCUCUAAUUUUUCUAUUCAUGAUCACUUUUGUCUUUACCCUCCCUCCUCUUUCUCAAAACUUCUUUGCCCCUCUCUCCUUUCUCUCUCUCUCUCUCUUGGGCAUUCUAAAUCUAGGGUUUCAUUUAUUGUCUCCUCUUCAUUUAUGUUGGUGAGUGCAGUGGGGAAUUCUGAGCUGAGUGUUUGAGGAGCUGGUGGGUAUGGAAUCUCCUCUACAUUUUUCACAAUGAGCUUCGGCGUGUGUUCAUUUGUGUAAAAAUUCAGUCUUUUGAGUUCCCUUUUCUUUGUAUUGAAGCAAUUUUGCAGCUUGGGACUGUAAAGUAGUGUAAUUUCUGUUGGUUUGGUUGCUUAGCUUCCGUGAUUCAUGGAAAACCCAUGUUAAAGGCUCGGCCUUUUUUAGGUUUGUGUUACAAUUAUGAGCUCUACUGUAUGUUCUUCAUUUUCUGUUAGGAUUUUGUGUGAUCUCUCUGGCUGCGUUAGUUUCAGAUUUGUUGAGUUAGUGUAUUAGAAGUAGUGUCUUCACUGCGGAGUUCUUGAUAUUUUGGAUCAUUUUAGUUUGAAUUUGGCCUAUUAAAUUAAUGGAUGGGAGAGAUGGGAUGGCAUUACAAGGGUCAGCAUCAUACUACCUCCAUAGAGGGGGAAUUGGUGGAUCUGGUGGUUCAGGGCCUGGCCAUACUGUUCAUGGUGGUGGAGGUGGCGGUGGUGGCUCUGCUUCUGCUCAGCCCAGCUUAAUGCAUUCUUCCCCUGCUUUCAAGAAUCUUGCAAACUCUGGCAUUCAGGUGCAGCCUAAUGCAGGGGGUGGUGGUGGUGGUCCUGCUGUUGCUGUGAGUGGUUCAUCAUUCCAUGUUGAGAACCCAUCGCAGCAUUUUUCUCCCGGCAGAGGCAUGACGGUUGCAUUACCGGGUGGCGAGCUGGUGCAGAAGAAGAAGAGGGGUAGGCCGAGGAAGUAUGCCCCCGAUGGAGCUAACAUGGGCUUAGGAUUAUCCCCCAUGUCUGCACCUAAGCCUUCUUCCGCUUUGGUGGUCAGCUCUGGGGAAAAGGCGAGACGAGGCCGACCUCCCGGGACUGGAUGGAAGCAGAAGCUUGCUCCCCUUGGCGAAUGGAUGAACAGCUCAGCUGGAUUAGCCUUUACACCUCAUGUGUUGCAUGUUGGUGUUGGUGAGGAUGUUGCAGAAAAAAUUCUGGCAUUUGCUCAACAGAGGCCAAGAGCUCUAUGCAUUAUGUCUGCUAACGGAUCAGUUUCUGCAGUUACACUGCGCCAACCUACAGCUUCUAAUAGCACCGUUACCUAUGAGGGCCGUUUCGAGAUACUUUGCUUAUCAGGGUCUUACUUGGUUGCUGAAAGCGGUGGCCCUCGCAAUCGUACUGGUGGAAUAAGCAUUUCAGUUUGCAGUCCCGACGGACAUAUCAUUGGGGGUGCGAUAGGUGGUAGACUCGUAGCAGCAAACCCAGUACAGGUAGUCGCAUGCAGUUUCGUUUAUGGUGGAACUAAGCCAAAAGGCAAGGUCGAGUCGGCUGCUGAAGAUGACAAACAUCUGGUAGAGAAAUCUGCAGAGAAGUCCUUGACCCCAAUAACUGCUGCUUCUAGUCAAAGCUAUACACCUAACACCGGAGCAAGUGCUUGGCCGCCAGUUGCUCGGUCAGAAGUAAAAAAUUCCCAGAUGGAUAUUGACCUGAUGCGCGGAUGAGAGGGAUAACAAUAAGCACAUGGUUUAGUAGGAAUAUGGAUGGAGAAAUUGGAAGUAAAAAAAGAAGAAGGAUGGAUUGACAUCUUUAUAGGUUGUGUUGUUUUAUCUAGUAAAAUUGGUGGGAUUUGUUUCUUGUUGUGGCCAUUGUUGUAGCUAUAAACCUAAUUGUAGACAGUGAUUUAACUUGAUUUGUUCAACCUAGGAGUUCAUUGCA